ACGUUUAAUUAAUUUAUGUUGUUCAUAAACCCCACCCCCAUAUAUAUUCUUGCGCAUAAUAUACGAAAGAAGGAAAGGGACACUACUCUUGCCCUCAUACACACAUUCCUAGGUUUAAUCUGAUAAUUAAGCACACCUUUACCUGUCUUUUACAUUACCUGCACUCCAUUGGCGCGACAGGACCGCUGAUCUGAGAGCAGAGUGUUUCGGGCUGGAGAUGGAGCUGGCCGUUUCCGUCGCUGUGUUAUUAGGAGCGCUGCUCCUGCUCCUCUUUGUCGCAUUUGGUAAAGGGAAAACGGAGUUGACUGAGAAAAGCGCAUGCACUGAAAUAACCGAUGACCUGCCCUCACCUCAAGAGCACGACGACUCACCGCCCCCCACAGAUGAGUCAGAGCAGCAACAGCUCCCUCAUGUGGAGGAACUGGAGCAGCACAGCUUCAGCCACCCUCUCCUGGCCACCACGCUGCAUGGUCACUAUGGCAACGUCACCUGCUUGGAUUUCAGCAGUAAUGGGAAAUACUUGGUAUCUUGCUCUGAUGACGGCACCAUCCGGAUCUGGAGCACAAAGGAUUUCCUGAGUGGCGAGCACCGGUGUUUGUGUGUUGCUAUAGAGAAGGACCACGCUUCACUCGUGAGCCUCAGCCCUGACUCACGCACCUUCAUCACCUGGCUGGCUGGCAAGAAGACCCUCCGUGUUUUCCAGAUGUGCAAGGAGAAUGACAGCUCCUUCAGCUUCAAACCUGCUCCAGAGGACUUCCCCCGGCAGCACACGGCAACCGUUGUCAACAUCGGCAUUGCAGAAACCGGAACAUUUAUUAUGACUGCAUGCAGCAAUGCCACCAUUAUCCUCUGGGACCUGUAUGGCAAGUUGUUGGCCUCCAUCGACACUAACCAAACGACCAGCCUCUAUGCUGCCAUCUCUCCUUGUGGCAGGUUUGUAGCAUCCUGCGGCCGCAACGUAAAGGUGUGGGAGGUGUGCUUCACGACAGAUGGACAAUUCAAAGAGGUGGUGCGAGCAUUUGACCUCCAGGGACACUCUUCUCCUGUCCAGUUCUUUGCAUUCUCCGGUGACUCCUGCAGGAUGGUGACAUUGUCCAGAGAUGGGACAUGGAAGCUGUGGGACACUGAUGUGGAUUACGAGGAGCAGCAGGACCCAUACCUGCUGAGGACAGUGUCCUGCCAAGUGUCUGAGAACAGUCGUAUUGCCCUGUCCCCUGAUGCACGGGUGGUUGCCGUGUCCAACGGCUGCGGCGUGACCUUGUACAACACGGCCGGCGGGGAGCUAGAGGAGGAGUUUCACGACGUUCAAAGUGAGGACAUCGUGGACCUGGCGUUCGACAUCAACAGCCGCUUCCUGGCCUGCAGCGGAGGCCACGCCAUCCGCAUUAUUCACAACGCCCCAGGCUACCGGGCGGCCAUCCAGGACAUGGAGGCAAUGCUGCAGAAGACCUCCAAUGAGGACAUGCAGCAGAGACUGCAGCAGCAGAUCCAGGAUGCUCAGGAUGCACUGGACAGCCUGUUUGCAGAAGCCAAGAGCUGAGCGUGUGAACAAACACACACACACACACACGUGUUCGCACACAUGGGCUCUAUCAAACGAAUCAGAAUGAGAAUCAACAACUGCCUGCCUGACUGCUCCACGGUUUGCUUGGAUAUGUGCAAUUUGCAAGUAGAUUUUGCCUUAGAAAUCAUGGUGUGUUUUAAAACUGCCUUGUUUUAAAUGUUCUGACUUUUAAGCGCCCAGUAAAACCGAAUGUAGUUAUUUUUUUUCUGUCUUGAACGUUAAAUUUAGAUAUAUGAAAAUGUCUCUGUGGUGAAGACAAGAGAGCUUGCCUAUUUAUUUUAUUUUACUUUAGGGAUUAUGAGAAGAUUGUGUUAAAAGGGGGGGGGCUUGGUGCCUCUGGCAGUAGUACUGCUGUAUCACACCUUCAUGGCUGGGGAUGUGAAUCUCAACCCCAUGCAAUGUGGGGCUGGAUCAUGCCUGGUCUCCAAGUUGCGUGCAGUUAGGCGUCUAUGUGUCGCCCAGUGGAUUGGCAUCCUGUCCAAGGUGACCCAGGCCUUGUACCCUCUCCUGCCUGGGAAAGGCUCUAGCAACCUGGAUGGGUGUGUGACUUAACACACAUCACAGUCUGGGGCCACGGUAGAAUCUCCCUAGUUUUUGCAUGAUCAGAGACCAUCUUAUAUAGACAGUCCAUACAUUUUCUAUUGUCGCUCAGUUGCACAUGUUUUGGUGUUGGAAGGGGAUUUGAAACCCGCAGUGGGUGGUAUUACCAUGGCCUGUCAAUCAAGUGCUGAUUUGAUCCAUUUGACACUAGCAAAAUAAUCAAACAGCAAGUGCUGAUUGACAGCCCAGAAGUCCCUCCUACCAUUUAGGCCUGGUUCAUAUCUGCUGCAGAUGCGGAUGCGCUAUUGUGAAAUAAUUUUGUGAAAUAAUUGCCACCACAGUGGUCAAGUGCAAAGACCACACGUGAGGGCCACACACGGGGGUGCAUACCACUUGAAAAUCAAAACUACAUGGGCGGUCUGUUCUGUGAUGCAAACAUCCCUCGAUUGUUCAUUGGCCGGGGAAAAGUCUAGCAGGAGGUAUGAAAGGAGGUCGAACCCUGUAAGGUAUGUAAUCAACCUUUCCUUGUGUUGUGUUGAAUAAAAAAAUGAUGACAUGAA